UUUGAUGAUGAUGAUGAUGAAGAUGAAGAAGGCAUUGGCCAUUUACUGAACCAGGCCUGUUCCUCCACUUGCUUUUUAUCUCCAUAUUGGGUCCCUUUCAUUAUUUUAAUGCAAAACACUUUGUUGAAUUUGUUCAUUUUCCCCUGCCUUUUUUUUCUUCCUCUAUAUUAUUUACUUCAUUUGUUUCUUCAAUUUCAUUUGCUUUAAGAAAGGUAGAAACAGAGAAGAGAAACAAAAAAAAAACUCUCAAUCUUCAAUCUUCAGUAUGGGGAAUUACAAGUUUAGAUUUUCAGAUAUGAUGCCAAAUGCCUGGUUUUACAAGCUCAGAGAUAUGAGAAUCACCAGGAAUUCUUCUCAUCCUGCUGCAAAGAAAAAGCCAUCUUCAAACUCUGCUAAAACCCUGUCUCAGAAAUCAUCCCAAAACCUCAACCAAACCAGGCAAUCAUACUAUUACAGCUCAGAUUUCAGUUGCAGAAGUGGUGAAUUUUACAGUUCAAACACAACCCGGAAAGCCUCUGAUCCUCAUCUUCCUUCUUCCUUCUUCCCUGAUCAACCGAGAAGAUCAUCAAAGCACCGGAGAUCGAGAAGGAAGGCUGUUUACAAGCCUUCUCCACGGCGGCAGAUGGCGGCGGCGAACUCGUUUGCUGAUUCCGAUGAUCAUUGUAGUUGUCGGAAUGCAAGCUCUGUUCCGGUGGGCAGGGACUUUUUCGAUUCUUCCGAUGAUUGUUCUGUUGAUAUUGACUACCUCAAAUCCCCAUCUUCAGAAUUCGAGUCGGAUACUAUGUAUCCAACAAAUGAGUCCAUCAAUGGAGGCUUCCAUGCUUGGAAUUCGAAUUCGAGGUCCAGUUUCAGUUCUUCGGCUACAGAUAUAAUUAUUGAUGUAGAUGCAAAAUCCUACGCCAGAAAGAUUGAAAAAUUAGAUGGGUUCGACACAAUUCUAGAGUUGGAUCUUCCUCCAAUCCUCACAAAGCCUGCAAAAUUCGAUGUUGCUUUACAAGAAGAAGCUGCCAAAUGUAGAAGCUCAAAAAAGAAACCAGAAUUAGCUGGUCUUUCCGUUAAAGUUGUGCCAGAGGAAAGUGCAAAAGCUCAAAAAGAUAACGUAAAUUGUACUCCUCCCGGGACACGGAAAUCAGUUUCUUAUUCAUCUGGAAUAAAGCUCAGGGCUAAUUCUCCGAAAUUAGCGAGCAAGAAGAUUCAGGGCUCCGGCAGAAAGAGCAUUUCCAGGCGAGCAAAAUCAUCAUCACAAAAGAAAGGAUCAGUAACAGAGAGCUUCGCCAUUGUUAAGGCUUCUUUAGAUCCUGAGAAAGACUUCAGGGAAUCAAUGAUGGAGAUGAUUGUGGAAAACAACAUAAGAGCAUCCAAGGACUUAGAAGAGCUUCUUGCUUGUUAUCUUUCGUUAAACUCAGAUGAGUAUCAUGGAUUAAUAAUUAAGGCUUUUGAACAAAUAUGGUUCAACAUGCCUGAUUUGAACUUGUAAAAAAAAAAACACAAUUCUUUUUUUCUUCUUUGCUUUCCUUCCCUUUUUUUGAAUCUGCCAUAAUGUAAAAAUUGUACCAGUACGAAAAUUAAUUACUGAAACGACAAAAAUCCAUGUUCUGUAUAUGGCACCCCGACAUUCUUGAUAAUCUGCACUCUGCUAUGUUUUUUGAAUCCACAUAGAGAUAUGAUCAUGUCUUUAUAUAUGUAAAGCAGAUUGCAGUUUUGUCACAUUUGCAGGGAAAUGGACCAUUUGAAGUUGGAACAACAAACAGAUAAAAAGUCUUUGUUGGGCUAAAUUCACAGUUUCAGAGUUUCAGACUGCGCUGUCUGAAAGAGAAAACAGAGUUUGAAGCUGUUGUGUGUCUUAAAGUGAAGAAUCCUUCUUUUCUUUUUUCUUUUUUUUUAAGAUAAAAAAACUAUAUGAAUCAUUUGUUCCAUGCUCUUCAUUCUUCAACCUGUGUUCAGGGGUCAUUUACACAUCAUUUUCACUGCACGACACAAAUUUCAUUUCAUUUCCAUUGGAAAUAAGUGCAGAUUCUAGAUAUUCUGCACCUAUGAGACAAGAAGAUAUGGAAUCCCACCUAGUUAUUGCUUUUUGUUACACAUUUUUCUUAUGCUCUUUUUUUUCCCUCCUUCCCCCAUAGUUUCAAUUACGAAAAACAAGACUG